AUGAUUUCACGAUUAAGUGUAUCAACACUAUCACGAUUGUUGUGUUCAAAUUGUGCUCCAAUUUCAUCAGUUACUUAUCAACAUCGAUCAGCUUCUACCAAUUCGAAUCUCAAUGAAGUUGUUAUAGUCAGUGCUGCUCGUACGCCCAUUGGCUCAUUUCGUGGAAGUCUUGCAUCUGUAUCAGCCACUAAACUCGGUGCUACAGCUAUAAAAGCAUGUUUAGAACGUGCAAAAAUACCAGCGAAUCGUAUACAAGAAGUUUACAUGGGUAAUGUUGUUCAAGCUGGUACUGGUCAAGCGCCAGCACGACAAGCGUCAAUUUAUGCUGGUUUACCACAGGAGACUAUUUGUACAACAGUGAAUAAAGUAUGCGCCAGUGGUAUGAAAGCUAUUAUGAUUGCUUCGCAAAGUCUCAUGUGUGGGCAUCAAGAUAUAAUGAUUGCUGGUGGUAUGGAAAGCAUGUCAAAUGUGCCGUACUAUCUUGCACGAGGCGACACACCUUACGGCAAUAUUCAAUUAGAAGAUGGCAUUGCUAAAGAUGGUCUAACCGAUGUUUACGAUCGAGUUCCAAUGGGUUUAUGUGCAGAAAAAACGGCUAAAAAUGAAAAAUUCAGUCGUGCAGAUCAAGAUGCUUAUGCUAAACAAUCCUAUGAACGAGUAGCUAAAGCAUGGAAAGAAGGAAAAUUUAAUGCUGAAAUCGUUCCGGUUACUGUGACAACAAAGAAAGGUGAAAUACUUGUGAAAGAGGAUGAAGAAUAUAAGAAAGUUGAUUUUGAAAAAAUGAAAACGUUAAGAACUGUUUUUCAAAAAGAUGGUACAAUAACAGCAGCGAAUGCAUCGAAAAUUAAUGAUGGUGCUGCUGCAUGUUUAUUAAUGACACGUCGAGCUGCUGAAGAACUUGGUUGUAAACCGUUGGCUCGUAUUGUUGCUUUUGCCGACGCUGCCGCGGCCCCAAUGGAUUUCAGUACAGCACCAGCUUUGGCUAUUCCUAAACUUUUGAAAUUAGCCAAUGUUCAUAAAAAUGAUAUUGCCAUGUGGGAAAUCAAUGAAGCAUUCAGUGUCGUCGCAUUAGCUAAUGGCAAAUUAAUUGGCAUUAGUAAUGAUAAAUUGAAUAUACAUGGUGGUGGUGUUGCACUUGGACAUCCAAUUGGAAUGUCUGGCGCACGACUCGUCGUUCAUUUAUGUCACAGUUUAAAACCAGGCGAAAAAGGCGUUGCCGGAAUCUGUAAUGGUGGUGGCGGUGCAUCGAGUAUUAUGAUUGAAAAACUUUGA